AUGGCUCACCUGAAGCAGACUUUUUCGUCUCUUUUCAACUGCUUUAGGGAAACGCCGUCUCUCUUUUUGGGACUUAUGAGGUUGGACAGCUGCCUAGACACUGACGAAGAGCGUGUGAAUUUUGCUAGAAGAGAUGAACUGAACAGAGCUCACAGUGAGGAACCAGAUGGACCCCUGAACUUUGAGCUUGAUAUUUGUCACCAGGAUCCAGAAUACAUGUCCUCAGCUCCCUUGCCACAUGCCCAGGUCAAACUGAUCACCAGCUGGGAAGCAGGAUGGAAUGUAACAAACGCCAUUCAGGGAAUAUUUGUCCUAGGAUUGCCGUAUGCUCUCCUCCACAGUGGAUACAGUGGCCUACUUCUUAUUGUCUUGGCUGCAGCAUUAUGCUGUUACACAGGCAAAAUUCUAAUUGUUUGCUUGUAUGAAGAAAAUGAAGAUGGGCAACUGAUAAGAGUGAGAGACACGUAUGAAGAUAUUGCAAAUGCCUGCUGCAAAAAGCUAUCUCCCAAACUAGGUGGCAUAGUUGUCAAUGUGACCCAAGUGGUGGAACUGAUCAUGACAUGUAUUUUGUAUCUGAUUGUUAGUGGGAACUUGCUGUCACAGAGUUUUCCAUAUGUAGCAUUGACUGAGAAAACUUGGUCUGUAAUUGCAUUUGUUACUCUGUUACCUUGUGUAUUUGUCAGAACUCUCAAAAUUGUUUCCAAACUCAGCCAGCUUUGCUCCUUGGUUCACUUUGUUAUCCUCCUUGUAGUGAUGACUUACUGUCUCACACAAAUACACCAGUGGUCCUGGGCAAAAUUCAGACUCUCCAUUGAGUUUGAGGACUUUUUGGUUUCCAUAGGAGUGAUUAUUUUCAGUUACACUUCACAAAUAUUUCUUCCCACACUUGAAGGUAACAUGAAAAACCCAGAGGAAUUUAGGUGUAUGCUGAAUUGGACUCACUUUUUUGCCUGUGUCUUGAAAACAACCUUUGCACUGACUGCUUUCUUGACCUGGGGUGAAGAAACAAAGGAAGUUAUUACAGACAACCUGCCAUCAUUUCUUAAAACACUUGUGAAUUUAUGUCUCUUAGCCAAGGCUCUUCUCUCUUACCCUUUGCCCUUUUUUGCAGCCACAGAAAUUGUGUAUUCCUGUAUUUCUAAAGGCAACCAUUCCAAUUACAGGUCUUCAUUACUUUCUCUGGGUGUAAGAGGCUCAUUUCUCUUGUUAACUCUGCUGAUGGCCAUGUUUACACCACAUUUUGCCCUGUUGAUGGGUUUAUCAGGCAGUGUAACAGGUGCUGCUAUGACUUUUCUCCUUCCUUCUCUCUUCCAUUUAAAACUUAAAUGGAAAAAACUGUUCUUUUUAGAGAAAUGUGCAGAUAUCUCUGUUUUUAUUUUGGGCUUCCUUUGUAGCCUCGCAGGCAUAGUUUGCUCAAUAAAAGGGCUGCUUCAAGUAUUUGGAGGAGUGUAA